AUGUCGAUUGUUUAUUAUUAUGACAAAAAUGAUACCCAGCAUCACACACCUUUGAAAAGUCAGAUGGAUUGCAAUUAUAAUGGAUAUGUUUCAGGUUUUCCAAAUUCUCUUGUGACACUCAACACUUGUUCAGGACUCAGGGGAACAGUGCAGUUUAAAAAUAUCUCAUAUGGAAUUGAACCAGCUGAGGCUGUAUCAGGAUUUGCACAUAUGAUUUAUGAAGAGAAAACUGACCCCAGUGUUAUUCAUCUGGUGGAAAAUGACACUCAUGGUUGGCUUUAUGCUUCAUGGAAUGAAGUCAGAAAAUAUCCAGAAAGAACUGACUUUUCCAAGCUAUUGCAUCGAAAUAUCGAAAUAUACAUUGUUGUGGAAGAAAAUCUGUUUAAUUACAUGGGCUCUGACACAAAAACUGUAACACAGAGGAUUAUUCAGAUAAUUGGCCUUGCUAACUCUAUGCUUACCCCAUUAAAAUUGACUCUUGUAAUAACUGCCAUUGAAAUCUGGUCAAAUAAAAACAGAAUUCCUACAACAGAAGAACCUUAUCUUACAUUAUAUCGGUUUUUAGAGUGGAAAAGGAAACAUCUUGAAUUUCGAUCACAUAAUUUUGCAUUCUUAUUCAGCUUCAAGAAACAGCCUAUGCUUCUAGGAGCCUCACUUCCAGAAAAAAUAUGUAAUAAGGAUUUUGCAGCAGGAGUUGCUGUGUAUCCAGAAGGUUUCUCAUUGGAGUCAUAUACUGUCAUUAUUGUGCAACUGCUUGGCCUUAGUUUGGGAUUAAAUUAUGACAGUGUGGACAGCUGCUAUUGUUCAGGAGAUGUUUGCACAAUGAUGCCAACAGCAAUAUUCUCCAAGGGUAUAAAGGAUUUUAGCACCUGUAGUUUGGAUGACUUUAAAUAUAUCUCUUCACAAUCUGGCCUUCACUGUCUUCAGAGUGAUCCUUUUGAAAUGCCAGUUUAUAAGCAAGACAGACCAAGGAAAAUAUGUGGCAAUAGUAUAAUGGAACUUGAUGAACAGUGUGAUUGUGGCAAUAUAAAGAAUUGUACACAUAAAAAAUGCUGUGAUCCUACAACUUGUACAUUGAAAUCCGGUAAAGAAUGUGGCUCUGGAGUCUGCUGUACAAAAGACUGUAAGGUAAAACCAAUGGGUGUAAAAUGUAGGGACCCUAUUGAUAAACAAUGUGAUUUCCCUGAAUUCUGCAAUGGGCGGCUCCCAAACUGUGUGCCUGAUACUCAUGUGCGCAAUGGAGAAUACUGUGAUGGCGGUGAUUCCUUCUGUCAUGGUGGACUUUGCAGAUCCACCACAAGGCAGUGUAAAGCGUUAAUUGGAGGCGAUUCUAGAGGUGCUCCAUUUACAUGUUUUGAUGAGAUAAAUGCCAGAGGAGACAAAUUUGGAAACUGUGGCAACGGUCCUUGCCAAUUUUCAGAUUUGCUGUGUGGAAAAUUAAUUUGUGCAUGGCCACACAAGAGAAUGAUUUCACGUGUAAAUUUAUCUGUGAUUUACUCACAUGUUCAAGAUGACAUAUGUGUAUCAACAUAUCUACCCAUCAAGCCACCUGAAAACCUUCCUUGGUCGACAUCUCCAUACACUUCAGCUGAUAGUAGAGAUGAAACGUUUGUACAAGAUGGAACCAUCUGUGGUCCUGAUAUGUUUUGUUUCAGGUUUUCUUGUCGGUUAGCUGAAUUUCGGAAGAAUCGAACACUCUGCGAUACGUCGUCACAUUGCAAUGGCCAUGGGAUUUGCAACAAUUUUGAACACUGCCAUUGUGAAAAGGGAUAUACUCCUCCUCACUGCAAACCAAAGACAGGAGAGUUUGGAAGUACUGACGAUGGUCACUUCAGUGAAGAUGCACGAAGUUAUAUGGUUGGGAAGCAUGCCACUUUUGAGAAAAAACAGUUGCAUCUCAUUUUGUAUAUCACCCUACCUGCGCUUAUCAUUAUUGGGGCUGUCUUAAUGAAACAGGAUAAAAUAAGAGAGCUGUGCUACAGAGGAGAAACGGAAAGUGACAGGCAAGUUGAAAGUGAAAGAAAUUCGGUUGCAUCAGGAAUAACUAAAACUAUAGGAAAGCCACACAGCUACCAUCAGCAUCAGUGUAGGAGGAGGGACAGCUACUGA